GUGUGUGUGUGUGUGUGUGUGUGUGUGUGUGUGCCCGCGGGCUCCUCAUUGCCUAGACUCUGGUCUUCUGCUCUGUCACGCUACAUUUUUUGCUCAGCUAUGGAACUAACCUGGACAAUCCCAGUAGUACUGGCCCUGUUUGUUGUGGUGGUGACGGCGGUGUUCUCCCUCUUGAGAGACUCUCCAGAAGAAAAGAAGAAGAAGAAGAAGGGGCCGGUAACUCUUCAGGACCCUAUGGUGAAAUAUCCUCUUCCUCUCAUCAGCAAACAGGAAAUCAGCCAUGACACCAAAAAAUUUCGGUUUGGCCUUCCGUCUGCGUCUCAUGUCCUUGGACUGCCAGUAGGUCAGCACGUCUACCUGUCCGCCAAGGUGAACGGCCUCCUGGUGGUCCGGCCCUACACUCCAGUCUCCAGCGAUGAGGACCAGGGCUUUGUUGAUCUUGUGGUUAAGAUCUACUACAAAGGCAGCCAUCUGUCCUACCCAGAAGGAGGACAAAUGUCUCAGUACCUGGACAAGAUGGCUAUCGGAGACACCAUAGACUUCAGAGGACCCAAUGGACUCCUCAUCUACAAGGACAACGGUGUGUUUUCCAUCCGAGCCAACAAGAAGACUGACCCAAACAUCCAGAAGUUCCAGCACGUCGGGAUGAUUGCUGGGGGAACAGGGAUCACACCGAUGCUGCAGCUGAUCCAGAGGAUCACGUCAGAUCCUGCUGACAACACCAAAUGCUCGCUCAUCUUUGCCAACCAGACCGAGAAGGAUAUUUUACUGCGGGAGGAACUGGAGGAGCUGCAGAAGAACCAUCCCGAGAAGGUUAAACUCUGGUACACGCUGGACAAACCUCCACAGGACUGGAGCUACAGCUCGGGGUACGUGACCUUUGACAUGAUCAAGAACCACCUCCCCGCUCCGGCCAAAGAUGUCCUCAUCGUUCUCUGUGGACCGUCUCCGAUGAUCCGGAAUGCCUGUCUGCCAAAUCUGGAAAAACUGGGUCACAAAAUGGAAAAUAUAUUUUCUUAUUAGUCAUUUUUCUUCUUCUAACUUUGCUCACUGAGGGACAAUAAAUACAUUUUCUACUCUAUUCACUGGAGAACAACCUUAAUGUCUUUAACUGCAUCAAAAUGAUGAUUUUUUUGUUGUUGUUUGUUCUUGUGAAGCUAACUUGUGUUAAAUCUGAAACAGUGUUUACUGUGUGUGUGUGUUGUUUCAGCAGCACACAGGAAGUGAACCGUGUGCAAAUCUGGAUUUGAUAAGAAACAAGUUUGUUUUGAUGUUGUUUUUAAAUCCGUAUCUUUGUCAAGGUGAAUAAUAAAAACCCUUGUAAUUAA